GGGCUCCAAGCGAAUUGGUUGAGGACCCUAAAUUUGUUCCAUUAAAUGCUGAUGAUCCAGUAUUUGGUCCCCCAGCUUUAUUUCUGAUGGGAUUUGACUUGGCAGAAACCAGUAAGAUGCAAAAAUUCUUAAAAGAGCUGGAUGGUGAAUUUCUGAAGAUUAUUCUUUGCACUGAGGAUAUGCUGAAUCAGUCAAUCUGGGAUGCAAUACAUACUGAACAUGUGGAUUUAAAAGCUGUGAAGGUUGCAAAGUCUGUGCCUAGAAUUUGCUUUCUGUCUGGUUUAAGUGGGGAAGAGAUGAUGAUGUUUAUUGAUGCAUUUCCAGAAAUUGGAUUAAGACCAGCUGUGUUUGCUGCACUGGUACCCAACAGUACAGAUAAGCUUGUGAAAGAUGUUGCUGAAGAGAUUAUGGGUGAUCACGAAAUGCUGUCAGCAAAGCAGAGAAGUUGAUUUCUUAUAAGUCAGGGAUUUGAGGGAGGAAGAAGGGACUAUGAGCAAGAGAUUAUCAGGGUACAGUUCUACAUAAUAUAACAUUUUUAACUGCUUCUUUUCAUCACAACCACUCUAUUUUUCCCGCUAGUGAAGGCUUUGAGUGAAAUUUUGGAGGAUUAAAAUGUUAUAUUCAAUAUUUUUAAGGGUUGCUAUAUAAAAUAUGUAACAUUUUGC